CACAUGUGAAAAUGACUCCGCAGGGCGUGACAUACCCGUGCAUCCACGCCCUAUGGGCGCGAUGGGCACCCCCGCAAGAGCGCGCGCGCCUCGCCACGUUCGCCUUCUCCGGCAGCUACGUGGGCACGGUCGUCUCGCUGCCCGUCUGCGGCCUGCUCGCCAACACCGCCGGCUGGCCCUCCAUCUUCUACGUCUUCGGAGCACUGGGGGUUUUGUGGUUCGUUACCUGGAUUUGGCAGGUGCGUGAAGGACCUGAACUUGACUCGAGAAUCUCCAACGGCGAACUGGAAUACAUUCAGAGAUCAUUGGGAGAUGUGUCUCAAAACAAGGAUCUCGUGCAUCCGUGGGGGAAAUUCCUCACUUCUCUGCCCGUGUGGGCGAUCGUGUGCGCUCAUUUCUGCGAGAACUGGGGCUUCUACACUUUGCUCACACAGCUACCCAAGUUCAUGAACAGUACUUUGAAUUUCGACCUGAAGAAAGCGGGCUUCCUGUCCGCAGUGCCCUACCUCGUCAUGGCAAUUAUUCUUCAAGGAGCAGGGCAACUGGCGGACUGGCUAGUUAACAGAAAACUACUCACCGUCACACAGGUGCGCAAGGUGUUCAACUGCGUGUCGUUCGGGGCGCAGACGAUCUUUAUGCUCCUAGCGGCGCACUUGCGAACUGCCGCCGGCGUCGUCAGCUGUCUCUCGCUGGCGGUGGGCAUCGGCGCCUUCGCCUGGUCCGCCUUCAGCGUGAACCAUUUGGACGUGGCGCCGCAGCACGCCAGUGUUUUGAUGGGCCUGUCCAACACAGUGGCCACUUUGCCCGGCAUCAUCAGUCCCACCCUCACGGGCUACAUCGUGCAGUCAAACGACGAUUGGAGCGCCAUCUUCUACAUCGCCAGCGCCAUUUAUCUGUUCGGCGCCAUCUUCUACGCCGUGUUCGCGUCGGGGGAGCGCCAGAGCUGGGCGAAGGCUCCGCCAUCGCCAUCGCCCCCAGCCCCCGCCAACGGCGCAGCCGCCGCCGCCGCCGCCGCCUCCUACGCCAACCCAGCCCUGGAGCUCGAGGCUGCGUGAAACAGCCCUUGAACACGCCGUGCGCGAAACGCCCUCUCCCGUGCUCGUUUUCCGUGAGGGAAAAAGCUUCUUUUAUUUUAAACUAAUGGUGUUCGAAGCAUCACGAAGAGUGACAAAGCGAAUCAUCGUGAAGCGUGUGCAAAACAUCUGUAACAGGUCACAAUUGCCUUUCGCCAUGUCGACGUCUUUGUUUAUUGUCUACAUGUAAUAGAGAUGCGACAUGGCUACAGUCACAGAUAUAUAAAAAUAGUUUGGCAGAGCUGCUCCUGGAUAUGAAGCCGUGCAGGGAAUGGCGCGAGCAAAUUUCGACUUCACUUCCGCGGGUUGCAUUGUCAAUAUAAUGUUAUAUUUUUCCUUGAACUUGAAUUAGUUUGCAAAUGGCAACACUCCUUAUUUUUCAAAAUGAAAAGAUUAUUAAAUGACCAUUUAUUACUGUAAUAUUGACCGUAAAUUAUGUUUUAUCAGCUAGGAAAUUACGAUCAUGUUUAUUCAUGUGACAUCCGCAACGCAUACAAGACAUACGCGGUGUUUUUCAUUCAGCGUGAAAAUACUAUAAAACUGAGGUUAUAAAUGUCAUAUAUUUCGUAUAAUCAACUGUUAGCAAGCUCGAACGUCUAAUUUUGAUCACUGAAACAUUAAACUCUUGAACCAAUUAAGCUACCCCCCAUUAAUUCUAAUUUUUUCUGCACCGCUCAAAAAUGUGUAAUAUGUCAGGUAUUAUCAGUGGUGAAGCUAAUCAUUCAGUUGGGUAUUCUGAAAAUCUUAUCUUACAUUUUUUUGUAAAUCGGCUUCAUUCAUCUUUUUUUUUCGUUCAGAAAAACGUCGAUUAUUUGCUAUUUAAAGCUGUCGUUUUUGAAAAAUUAAUUUAUCAGUCAUUUUAAUGCCAUAGUACUGAAAUAACCUAUCUUGAUAUUUCACCUUGAAUUUCUCAGGAAUGUCUUAACUUUUUUAAUGUUAUCAUAUUUCUUUCACAUAAUGCUGCAUAGGGAAAGAUUAGACUGCAACAUAGACUGAGUUGUAUCAACCGCACCGUCUCUUGAUAAUUUUUUUCUAGACCAACUUGUCCAACAAAAACUUCAGCAACAAAUCUGCAGUCAUGAAAUUUGUAUUGUCAGUGUAUACAAUUGUCAGUUCAUUUUAAAGCUGCUCACAGACAAAGAAUGGACAUUGUUUUAUUAAGAAGUCAAUGAAAAACUGUUUUUCGUUCAUUCAUAGUCGUGUCUGCAUUCAUGCAGAUUUCAAUAGUCCCAUCUCUAACCCGGAAUAUUACUACUUAUCUCUACUAUUUCAUCUCUACGGCAGAUUACCCUUCAGCUUUGUCACUGGCUAUUAUAAGACCGCCAUUGAGGAUAUGAAAAUGCAAUGCUUACGAGCGCAGAUAAUAUUUCGAGUGUUAUCCACUAAAGAACGUUUAAAAUGUUUAAAAUUACACCCAUAUAUCAGACAAUGGUUCCCUUUUUUACAAUUAUUGCUCGUAACUUUGUAAGAAGUAUGAGAAUACAACUGAACUGCCACAGUGACAGUAAGAUGGCACACUCGCAAUAUCUUGGUUUCAAUGCUUCCCCAGCGACCAGCAUAGGCAUUGCCAAUCUAUGAGCUGUAUAUCUGUGACUACAACUCGUUUACUUCUGUAAAUGUAAUUUUACCAAUGAGUUUAGAAAGCGUUUCGCUCAAGGUGCAUUAAAAAAAAUAGUACAUGAACCACGUACACAAUUUGCUUUGUGCAUUCAUUACGCCACUGACUAUGUCCGUGUAUCAGCAUUAC